GUCCUUGACUUCGGCGCGCUGGCGUGCGUCUCGGACCUGCAGCAACACAUGCUGGGCUACUGCAUCAUUCUGAGCGGCUGCGUGGUCGUCGAGGCCUGCAUCUCGUGGGUCUCCAUGCGCGGGAGCAUUCUGGACACCGCACCCAGGGCCUCCAUGCAGCACCUGCUCUACGUGCGCCUCGGAAUUCUUCUGAUCGAGGUGUGUUGGCUCGUCGUGGGAGUCAUCUGGGUGAGCAAGCAUUACGACAGCUGUCCGAUGGGUGUCGCCAAGGACGCCAUUCUAGGCAUCAUCGUGUGCAACUGGUGCGUCCUGCUGAGCGUCCUGGUGACGGUGUGGUGCACCUUCGACCGCGCCGGCCGCACCUGGGUGAAGAUGAAGCGCUACCAGCGCAGCCUGCAGGAUGGCAAGCUGCGCUACAAGAGGUCUGGAAACUCGCAGCGUAACUGGAGGCACCGGAAAGCUGUUCGCGAAUACCAAGACAGUUGGAACAAGCGGUGCCGUCUACUCUUCUGUUGUAUGGGAACCAACGAUCGCAAUCGAAACUCGUUCGCAGAGAUCGCCAAGCUUCUGUCAGACUUCUUCCGCGACCUGGACGUCGUUCCCUCGGACGUUGUGGCCGGGUUGGUACUGCUACGGAAGUUUCAACGACAGGAGCGUCUAAUCAUAGCGAGCCAGAAGGGCAACGACACGUACCAGUUUCUCUCCGGAGUCGCCGUCACUCCCGCCACCAGGUUCCUAGACGUCAAUCAUCCGAACGUCUGCGAGGCUGUCAUGGUCAUCACGCAUUACAUGCACUACGCACUGGGCGUCUACGGCUGGCCCAUGUACAUGAUGACGCGAGGGAGCACCGGCUGCUGCCACCUGUUUCCCAGCCUCAGGUGCUGCUGCUUCCCGACGCGCAAGAAAAAACGGGACCGGGCGCUCGUCGUGGAGGACAACUGCUGCUACUGCAACUACGCGGCGCUCAGGCAUAUGGUCAACAACCACAACAUGGAGGUCGUCUACGUCACGUACCACGUGGACGUCGGUGAGACGCCAUUCUUCGUGGCCGUAGACCACGAGAAGAGAACGGUCGUGGUCUCGGUACGAGGAACGUUAUCGCUUCAGGAUGUGCUGACGGAUCUGAAUGCAGAAGGCGAGCCACUUCCGGUCAAUCCACCACACGAGGACUGGCUGGGUCACAAGGGUAUGGUUCAGGCCGCGGAGUACAUUAAACGGAAGCUGGUGGACGAAGGGAUCCUAUCGCAAGCCUUCAACUACAGCCUGGACAAAGGCACAACCCAGUACGACCUGGUUCUCGUGGGCCACUCUCUCGGGGCCGGGGCGGCGGCCAUAUUGGCCAUUUUGCUUAAGCAGGACUUUCCCAACCUGCUGUGCUACGCGUACGCGCCACCAGGUGGACUCCUCAGCCUACCCGCCGUGGAGUACAGCAAGGCGUUCAUCACGUCGGUGGUGUUGGGCAAAGACGUGGUGCCCAGAAUAGGACUGCACCAGAUGGAGGCCCUGCGCACAGAUCUCAUCAACGCUAUCAAAAGGAGCGCCGACCCCAAGUGGAAAAUCAUCCUCGGAGGCGUCCUCUGUUGCUGCCCUGACGAGGUAGACUUCGACGGCGUCGAAGGUCCGACGUUGGCGGACCGUGACGUCACCAGUCACCCCAGUGACGCAACGAUAGCCCUCACUGCCCACCAACCCCUGUAUCCACCCGGAAGGAUCAUCCACAUUGUGCGCAACCAUCCAAAUGACGGCAGCCAAAAGUACGAGCCCAGGUGGAGGCGCGUCAUGCACAAGAACGAGCCGGUGUACCAGGCGCUGUGGGCAGACAACAAGGACUUCGACCAGGUGCUCAUCUCUCCGGUCAUGAUACAGGACCACAUGCCGGACAAACUGCUGGACGCCCUCGAAAAGCUACUCGUCAACAAGGGCCCCGCGAAGCCUCAGCGCAAGAUGGCCAAGCCUGACCACGGAAACGGGCCGGGGUCCACGUCGGCCCACGACCAGGGCUCCAGGGACGCACUGCUGCUCGAAGACUCGCCCCGGAGCCGUUCCUCGGUCCCGCACUGCGUGGUGCUUGAGACCUCGUUCACCGACCUGCUGCCUCCUUCGGAAAUGGAGCGCCAGCACUGGGACCACGUGACCACCACCGACUUGGCCUACCAGGUUCGGGCGUUGCGCAUGGUGCCGUGCUCAUUCGACGCCUCACCGGAAAGACAAGUCGAGUCCCCCGGCACGGCGUCGUCGCCCACCGAACCUCCGACAUCGGCAAUCGACAGUCUAAAGCCAAACUGGAUGACAUGGGCGCCACUGGCCUCUCCCGAGACCUUCUCCGAGAUUUCCAGCAUCUCGUCUAAAGGAAGCCAGCGCGGCAGUGAUGGUGCCGCGUUGACGAUGGAGGCCUGGUCCCCGAUCGCUCAGAAGAGAGCGGACAGCACAGUGAUGGCGAUGGAAACACGCUACGCAGAGGAAUCGGCGCCACCGCCAAAAGAAACGGACGCGAGCGUCCAGCAGCGGGUGGUGACGACAGCUACCGUUGAAGCCUGGCCCACCUGGUUCUCCGACGUGCGUCUCGCACCUCCGGUUGCAGCGAGUCCAACUAACAGUACGGCCAGCGUACACAUGGAGUUCGAGACGUUAAGAGAGCCGCCGGCACAAGACAGCUUCGAGCGUCAGCCGCACGUCGUUGAGGACACAAUGCAAAAGCGACCUCUGCCUCCCUCUUCCGGCCUCUGCAUUUCCGAGAAAGAUGCCCUGGGGGGCAACCAGGAUCGGGAACGCUUCUUCCCGACUCGGGAACCGGCAAAGCGUGUGACCUUCGACCUCUUCGCGACCAGCAACGGCUCUCCCCCGCGAAAAGGGUCCCUCCUGGACUUGUCACGAGGACCGGUGUGGUGGUGAACCAUUUUUUGUCAGGGACAAACGUAGCAGAGCAGUGGAAGAUGAGGACUCCGGGGACAGCAUGUACAAUUCGGGCGAGUCCUUCCCGCCUCCUCCCCCGACGUGCUUCUUAAAGGAGAGGUUUCAGCGUCCCGAGGAAGAAACAUGCGGCGAAGAUGAGUCACUGUUCGACGCGUACGGCUUCAACCCUUCCUGUUGCCACAUGGGUUCACCACCUCCGCAGACGCCGCCUCACUCGACGGUGACGGUGUCGGACAGUAGUGAUUCUGACGAGGAGGACAAAAUGAGCUAGUGACUCGGGGGGUGGGGCGACCCUCUUCAACGCCUCCAAGCUAGUGGUCACUUCCAGUCCUGCCAGGACAAAGUGCUUGACAAUACCGCAGACGACUAGGCACAGGUGCCCGACCACCUCCCAUGGAGAGCAGUCUAUAGUGGAUGGCGGAUGUUGCCUGAGCAUGCGGCAUAUUUAUUGCGAUGUAUCGUUACGUGCUUCGCGCGCAGUUUUGAAGGAAGCGGUGAAAGGGUGCUAGUUGACGUAGGACUUUUGUGUGCGGUUUAUAACCGAGAAAGGGCCAAGCCUCAUUUCGUUCAAAGUGUGUGAUAGUGUCCACAGUCGUGCUGGAUGAAAUAUGCCCGUGCGAAUGAUGCGCUAUUUCGGUAAAACCGCGUCCUUUCAUAUGACACUCCGUUGAAUCACAUCAAUUGCGAGAAUGGCGAGAGUCGCGGUGACAAGGUCGAUGCCUGCUUUACACGUCGUUCCUGUGUAUUUUUAAUUUAGUUUCAACGUAAAUUCUUGCUUUUGUUUCUACACAUCUCGAUUUUAAAGCUUAAAAGACGUCGACGAUUAUAUCCUCUCAGGAAAAAUCUAUUUUCUGGACAAAUAUGCCCAAGGACAGGAAUAUGCUGUAAAAAAAGCUAGCCCAGGCUGCGAAAAGAAAAAACAGACAUGCCAAAUGUAGAUAUAUUUAUCGCUACAUAUGUCUGCCUCAACACCUUUUUUGUUAAAAAAAGUCUUCUUGUUUCUAAUUUUUUUUAGGAUAUUGCAGACCUACCAAGAACUAAAAUACGCGCCAGUUGGUUAUACAAUAUUCUUAUAGCACAGUUGUGUGAAAAAAACGAUUUGGCCCAAACACAUAGCACAGAUGAUGAACUGUUUAAAUUAUAUCGUUAUGUAAUGCAUACAGGGCUGGUCAAAAGUUUCCAGGCCACUAUUCUCUGUAUUCCUAUGGUAGCGUGGCCUAUGAACUUUUGACCCCCCUCCCCUCUGUACUUCCAACAGCAAAAUUUUUCGGGACGCGCAAUGUUCGCUAAAGCUGAAUUGCCACUUUGUUUGGGAAUGUUUUUUUUUUUAAUAAAUGUUCCACACUGCACUUGGCACUCCGACCCAUACAGUCACCAGCUUGAUUGCAAGCAUUAAGCGCUGAUAUAGCCGAAAUUCGCAUUUGUUCUGAAUCCAAUGUCUCGAAAACAUUUGCUGUUGAUAGUACAUACACGGACAGUGCUACCGUCACUUUGAGGUAAAUGCUGGUGAUAAUAGAAGCUGAUGCUAAAGACACAGCCCGUACACUGCAAGCGCCUAUGUAAAUACAGUGUACCUGCAGUGACCUUUGUUUUUUUAAAGAUGGUGUAGAUACUCUUGUAUAUAGAUGAAAAGAAAAGGUGCAAAUUACGCACUUAGUGAUCUGUGUUCAUGCGUGCUCAAGUAUAAUCAGUCCUUAGGCAUUACAGUGGGAUUGUCGGGGAGAACCCUACGAAACUUCAUGCCGGCAGCGUGGAGCACUUAGGUGCUCUAAGAAAGUGAAAGCGAAUUCGGAUGUAUUGAACAGUACAAGCUAUGACCGGCAUAACUGAUGGUCAGAACAGAAGCGAAAUUCUCAAACGAAGUAUAGGUCUUGAAGCGCUUAGGCAGGGUAGAACAAGAAGUGCUUCAGGCAAGGGUCAAGCCCUCAACAAGAGGACUAUGUGGACAUUAAUGAGCCUCAAAAUUUCGGAUGCUUAUGAAAACUGAUGGUAGCGCAUCACCAAUGCAAGCAGUGGGAGCCCUCAAAAACUAUUCAAGUGCACUCACUUUAGGACUAUAAGAAAUAGUCUUAGAUGCCAACGAAACGUGUAUUUACGGGUUGCCUGAAGUCAUUGGUACGGCAUGCAGAAAACAUGACCACACUAGAGACACUUGCUUCCUUGAGUUCAUCGCCAAUGGCUUCCAGUGAAACCUAGUCCAACUACAGCAAAGUGUAAAAAAAAAAAGCGUCACCCGUGGUUUGGGUGGUGCCGCUCAAUUGUGCCCUGCCAUAUCUUUGCCAACUUUCGUAGCAUUGUAGCUGAGUAGAAGUGCGUCAACAGUGAUGAGAGGGUAGGGGUGCCAACCCGUAUGACAGCGUGAGGUUUAUGUGAUAACGUUCCUUCUCUGGAUUAUGCUUUUGCUUCGCUAGUGCUUUCUCCUUCCGAACUUCUUUGAAGCGACGCUGCGCCUAAGGAGCCUCAGCUGUCACAUUGUGCACUAGAAGCCGGCAAGCAUGCUUGGGCAUUGUGGUAUCCACAUUUUGUCAUAUAUGAAGAUGUAAUUUAGCCAUUCCGCAAAUGCUGGUACCACAGCGCUAUCGCUAAGACGAUGCGAAGAAGGUGGUUGACGAAGAAUAGGGAAUAGCGUGGCUACGUUACAUAAGCAUGGAACUGAGUUGUAAAUCUUUGUAGUUUAGCUAUACGAUUGCUCUCAGUGAAUUACUUUUUCUUCUGGACGCAUGGAGAACAUAAACGUUCUGACAAAUAUUAUGGUCCAAAUAAGUGUCUACGUAAGUGUUAGAUGACACAUUCCAGACGUCACUGAUCUGUAAUCACAGUCGUCCUCACAUUUGCAGAGCAGACUACAUUCCAUUCGUUACAAGUGGUGGGCGAUAAAGGUAAUGCGGAUAUAGUAAUAUGUUGACAUACGUAUCUACACAUGCUUCAUCUUCCUACACAAACCAGCUUCAAAUCAAGUAAGCAGCCUUUGCGAUGUUUGUCAAAUUUUUAAUGCCUGGUUUACUAUUUGAAGGUGGCUCAGAACUGCACUUUUCAUGUUUCACAGAUUAUUUAAUUUCGAGCAGAGGGUUGGUGGCGCCACCUGGCAUGCAGCCCAAUUCAAUUGAGCACUGAACUGCUCCAUGUUUUUGGCAAAUGUUAUAGGUUAGCAUGGCGCCGAAAAAAGGGCAUUUGAUGCAAAUCACAAAACGUCACCACCCUCUUGAAAAAAGUGCUUGUUGUGUACAUCCAUGUUGUUCGAAUUUCUGUAUAAGUGUUGCGAGGUUCUCUAUAAACGCUCGUCUGCAUUGUGAAGCGCGAGAAUACUGGACGUGUCACAGUAUUAUGUGCAUUGCUACAACUCUAUCAAUUGUCUUUUUGGAGUCUAUGUAUUAGAACUACUGAAAUUUCGAAAGUUUAAAACUCCUCUCAUUCUUUCAAUCCGGAUCAAGAACUAGCCAAAACUGCCGGAAAUGCACAGAACCGCGUUGCCAUUUUCUGUUUCUUCAACACGUUUGUUGUAGAUUAUCAGUGCUCUUAUCACGGGGAUCUACUGGCGUUUUGUGAUUGGUAACAAAAAAUAAAAAAAACUGGCAGGAAAGUGUAGGUUAUCAGACCAUUACCACUUCCGAUAUCACCACGCUAUUACAGCGCGCCUUGAAGCGACCUGAAGAUUGUUUAUAACUCGAUGUUGUCGUAACAGUCGCAGUAGAAUAGAUAUCAACCUUUAAUUAAAGUCAUUUCUCGCUUUGAGCUCUUGCUAAGGUGCAUCAUUCAGUGUGUUGCGGCACUUUCUGAUUAGAUAAGUGCGUGUUUAUCGGUGUUUGUCAAACGUCGUUUGCAGCGCACGACGGUCACGCUCAGCGCACCGACUGAUAACACGUAGAUAAAAAUGACACUGCUGCUAUCUAUAACUGGAGUUAUGAAUAUGAAAGAUCGUGCUGUAUAUCACAGGUUCGGUGUCAAUGCCAAACACGGAUAUUGUGUCCUGCAUUGCUAAACAGAUGUGCCACGCAAGGAUACUUGACCAUUCCUAAGGAAUGACUUCUGUUCCGAUUGUACAAAGCUUGUUCACGACGACAAAGUUGUGCGAGCUAAAAACUUCAUUCCAUAGAAAUUGUGAUUAGAAGGCUUUGCCAAAUAAAAGCUCCAUUCCGUAUAGACUAA